AUGUACUGGAAAAAUGAAGUUCUGUCCCCUCUCUCAGAGGGAAAUAAGAUUCUGUCCGACGGAAUUCCCACGAAGCAGGUGAUCUCCGUCGAACCGGGAGCCUCGCGUUGCAGUGUGGAGUCCAAGCAAGCGACCAUGUCUCACUCGGACGCAGAAUCGCAGCGGUCCACCAUGGAGCGGGAGGACACGCGUUCGUCCCCGAGCACCCCCCCGUCCAGCCCCUCCGCCUGCUCGCCCAUCUCCACCGCCAGCUCCGUGCCCUCCACCGGGAAGAACGUGUGCGCCAGCUGCGGCCAGGAGAUCGUGGACAGAUUCCUGCUGAAGGUGAACAACCUGAUCUGGCACUUGCGCUGUCUGGAGUGCUCAGUGUGCAGGACGUCUCUGCGGCAGCACAGCAGCUGCUACAUCAAGAACAAAGAGAUCUUCUGUAAAAUGGAUUAUUUCAGUAGGUUUGGUACUAAGUGUGCCCGCUGUGGGCGGCAGAUCUUCGCCAGCGACUGGGUGCGCCGCGCCAGGGGAAACGCAUACCACUUGGCGUGUUUUGCCUGCUACUCGUGUAAGAGGCAGCUGUCCACGGGAGAGGAGUUUGGCUUGGUGGAGGACAAGGUCCUGUGCCGGAUCCACUACGACACCAUGGUGGAGAACCUCAAACGAGCGGCUGAGAGCGGCAACGGCAUCACGUUAGAAGGAGCUGUCCCCACAGAACAAGACAGUCAACCCAAACCGGCCAAACGGGCACGGACAUCCUUCACUGCAGAACAGCUCCAGGUCAUGCAGGCUCAGUUCGCCCAGGACAACAACCCAGACGCCCAGACGCUACAGAAGCUAGCCGACAUGACCGGCCUGAGCAGGAGAGUGAUACAGGUGUGGUUUCAAAACUGCAGAGCAAGACACAAAAAGCACACGCCCCAGCACGGUGGGGUUCCCCAAGGUCACCCCCAGUCCAGAAUACCCUCGUCCCUGUCUGACGAGCUGCAUUACUCCCCCUUCGGCAGUCCGGAGCGGGCGCGCAUGGUGGCCCUCCAUGGCUACAUUGACAGUCAUCCCUUCUCGGUCCUGACCUCUCAGAGCCUCCCUCACCAGGCCAUGUCGCUGCCCCAGCUUCCCCUCAGCCGCUAG